ACCCAGCCCCUCUGUAAACCAGCACAGAGAGGCGUCCGGGUUUCCACCCCUUUGCCGAUUAAUUUGAUAGCAGGAUAGCGACGAACUAAAUCGGGAAUGGCUCCUCUCCCUUUUCCACACAAGUUAUAAAAUGCUAUAUCAGUGCGAGUUAUUAAUGUUACAGUUUAACGCAGGUUUGUUUUCCACCUCCACGGUCUACGGUUACUUCCUGGUGCCACAGAGAGAGGCAGUGCUGAGUUAAAGAGACAGAAAUACUGAUAGAAAUUCAGAUAGAAAAAAAUACUGAGAGAAGAGAGGGGUUGGAGACGCGAUAGGAACAGUUGACUGGAUUCCCAGAAAUUGAAAACCCUCUCUCUCUCUUCCUAUUUAUAUGUAUUUUUGAUAUUUCUUUGUUAAACCGAGUCGUUAUUCUUCGUUGGUUUGUAAACUAACACACGGUUUGGAUGACGGCUGGCUGCGGCUAAAGCGGAAUUGUAACGGGGGAACAUAUUCCUCCCUCCGACGGAGAAGCCUCGCAGAGAUUGUUCCUUUUUAUUUUACAGUGGACUCAUUACUGUGUUAUUUUUAAACCACAAAAUCAUCCCGGGUGUUAUUUUAUAUAUUUUUUACGAUUCCACAAGGAAGGGUUAGGGCGACGGAAGAUGGGUUGUUUGGGCAACAGCAAGACUGAAGAUCAACGCAUCGACGAAAAGGCACAACGAGAGGCUAAUAAAAAGAUAGAAAAACAGUUACAAAAGGAAAGACAAGCGUAUAAAGCCACACACAGGCUCUUAUUACUGGGUGCGGGAGAGUCCGGAAAAAGCACCAUUGUGAAGCAGAUGAGGAUUCUACACGUCAACGGCUUCAACGCAGAAGAAAAGAAACAGAAAAUCCAAGAUAUUCGGAAAAACGUGAAGGAUGCCAUAGUGACUAUAGUGUCUGCGAUGAGCACUUUAAUACCCCCAGUUCCGCUAGCCAACCCAGAGGACCAAUUCAGAAUCGAUUACAUCAAAAGCAUAGCACCUCUCUCCGACUUUGACUACUCGCAGGAGUUCUUUGAUCAUGCAAAGAAGCUGUGGGACGACGAAGGAGUGAAGGCAUGCUUUGAGAGGUCCAAUGAGUACCAGCUCAUCGACUGUGCACAAUAUUUCCUGGACAGAAUUGACUCCGUAAGACAGAACGACUACACACCAACGGACCAGGACCUGCUACGCUGCCGAGUGUUAACUUCAGGGAUUUUCGAGACGAGGUUCCAAGUAGACAAAGUGAACUUUCACAUGUUUGAUGUUGGAGGCCAGAGAGAUGAAAGGAGAAAAUGGAUCCAGUGCUUUAACGACGUCACUGCUAUCAUCUUCGUGGUGGCCAGCAGCAGCUACAACAUGGUAAUAAGGGAAGACAAUAACACCAACAGGCUACGGGAAGCCCUGGACCUCUUCCGCAGUAUUUGGAACAACAGAUGGUUACGCACUAUAUCGGUCAUAUUAUUCCUGAACAAGCAGGACAUGCUGGCUGAGAAAGUAUUAGCUGGAAAAUCCAAAAUUGAAGACUACUUCCCCGAAUAUGCUCGCUACACCAUACCAAAUGAAGCAACUCCUGAACCUGGUGAAGACCCAAGAGUGACGAGAGCUAAGUUCUUCAUCCGAGACGAGUUUCUUCGGAUCAGCACUGCGAGUGGCGACGGCAGACAUUACUGCUACCCCCACUUCACCUGCGCCGUGGACACAGAGAACAUCCGGCGGGUGUUCAACGACUGCCGGGACAUCAUCCAGAGAAUGCACCUGCGGCAGUACGAACUCUUGUGAUGGGAGACCGCCUCCGUCAGCCUUCUGUGUUUUUCUCCACCAUUCUGCAUCCUUGACGAACCCCUCCUCCUCCUCCUCCACCUCCACCCUUUAUCUCCUUACCCUUUCUCCCCCAGAAAAAACCCUCAACAACCCCCUGACCACCCCUCCUGUCAAGGACUAUGAAGUACUACUGAAGUGUGUCAAAAUCCUCUUCCUCUUAUUAACUUCUUAGCUUUUUGUACUUUUUUUUUUUUUUUUUUUUUUUUCUCUCUCUCUCCUGAGACAGAUUCAUCCCCAUUUCACCGAUGUGAAAGGAAGGUUGGGGAACAACGUUGUUGCGUGCCGCUUCUUGUUUUCUUUUUCUUUUAAUCCUUCCUUUUGAAUGCCUUGAUUUUUGUCAUUCCACUAAGCCUUGGGCUACCUCCUUUUUUUUUUUUUUUUUUUUUUUUCCUUUCUUUUUUUUUUUUCUUCUCCCUUUGUGUCCUUCCUUUUUUGGCUUUGUCAUUGGACCUGGACUGGUGGGUGUGGAUACAUAAAACACACACCUACAGGACCUCAGUGUAGAGGCAGUGUGUGUGUGUGUGUGUGUG